AUGCCGGGAGCUCCAUUGCGGCGGGCCGGAGGGGGAUCUCCCUUAUUCUCGGCAGCGGAAAAGCCUGCGAAGAUUAAACUUGAUUUCGAUCAUGAAGACGGUGGCUACCAGGCUCGGAAGCGUGAGGAGAAAGAAGCAGAGGAGAGGCUUCUUGCUUCACAGGACCGGCGACAGGGGCUAUAUUUUUCGGAGCUUCGGAAAAAAGUAUAUUGAUUUUAAGUGUAAGAUAAGCUUUUUCUUAUAAUAUUAUAUUAAGUGCCACCAGAUUUAGAAACCUUUGCUCAUUAUGAGCACGGGUCUCUAUUUCUGGUACUUAUACUCGUAAUCGUAGACUUGGGCAACUCCUUAUAGAUGGUGAUCCUCAUGUGAUUGACUUUUUUAGUCGUUUUGCGCUGAGUAAGAAUAUGUUGAGCAUUCUCGUAUCUUCCUGCUCCUACGUUGAUCUUAUGGAGCUUUUUCUUACUCGUCUAUCAUCUUCUUAUCGUGAAUUUUUACAGCAAGCAGCCCUCUUUGAAAGCGAACGCAGUGUCAACAGAGGCAGCAUCUAUCGGGAAUUGAAGCGCAGUACCGACGGU